UGACCCGUCAGUCGCGCGCCGGGCAUCGGGUGAUGUGUAUGUUCUCUGUUUAUACUCUGGAACGCGCAAGAUCGUGCCCUCGCGAGAGAGGCGGUAAUAAUCGUCUCUCGUAUCGUUCUCGCGGACUGCUCUCGCGGUGAGCCAACGUGUCGCUUACGAGUGUGCCGUCGACGCGCUGAGUGAGUGACGUCGCCGGCGCUUCCUGCACGCGCGGAGAGGCUCGAGAACAGUGUCGCUCGAGAUGCUGCACGUUAUAACCUGCGACUUCUUCGGUAGCUCGCGACAUGGCUAACGGCAACUGGCGCGUUCAGACGGAGCCGCUACCCGCCGUAAGGCGCAAGUGAGCGAAGCGGGGAGCGAUGUGACGCGGCUUGACACGAUCGAAUGGCGGCAGCAGCGGGUCGUGCGAUCUCGUGAGGAUCGGCCAGCGACAGUCGCGCGUGAAUCGCCACCAAUCGAGCGGAAUCGAGAGAGAGAGAGAGAGAGCAUGGCGCGCCGCGGCUCCAGCCGCUGCGAUCGAGCUUGAUCGGAGCGGGCCGGCCGGCCGGCCGGGAUGAUUGAUACGAGCUCGGUGACUGCGCGAGUGACUCGUCGUUGAAUGGCUGCGGAAGUGUCUUGAUCGUGAGUCGAUGAUCGAGUGGUGCGACGUAUCAGUGCGAGAUUCGUUAGCGCACGACGCGGUGCGGCGUCGCUCGGUGACAGGUUAACUGAUCAGUGCGUGACGAUGAUCCUCGCCGGCGGCGGUGCGGCAGAGGACCUCGGCAAGAGGAGGAGCGUCAUGAUCGGCUUGGCGGUGUCGUCGUUGCUGCUUCUCCUGCGGGCUCAUCGGGCAGCGGCCUCCGACAAUUUGGCCCUGUUGUCAGGCACCCUGAAGACCUAUCAGCGCGCGGCCUGCGACGAGGAAACGAUGACAUUGAAAUGCCCACCCGGCACGACCAUCUCUGUCGAACACGCUCAAUAUGGAAGAGCGGGAAUGUACGGCAUCAGCAAAUGCAACUCGUCCGUUCCUCCGAUGAUCGCCGGGGACACAUCGACGAAUCACACAUGCAUCUGGCCGCAAUCACUGCAGCACUCACUGUUGCAGACGGUGGUCGAGGUCUGCCAGAAGAAACGGCAGUGCAAGUUCAACACCAGCCCGAACACCUUCCAGGGCGACCCCUGCCCCGGUUUGCGCAAGUACAUCGAGGUUGCCUACAAAUGCCGUCCCUAUGAAUUCAGGAGCAAAGUGGCCUGCGAGAACGACGUUAUCAAUCUCGUUUGUUACCCCGGCCAGAGGGUGGCGAUCUUCAGUGCGUCUUUCGGCAGAACGGAGUACGAGUCCCUGCAGUGUCCGCAGCCGCGGGGCGUGAAGGAGGAGACCUGCAUGGUAACGUUCGCAACGGAAACCGUCAUGCAAUUAUGCCACGGUAAACGACGAUGCUCGGUGGUGGCCAACAGCACGACCUUCGGCGACCCCUGCAGACCGGACAGCAAGACCUACCUCAAAGUCGUGUACACCUGCGUUCCGAGGUCGGUGCUACGCGAGCAGUACGAGGGCGAGGUCGAGUCGGACGAGAUCGAGCAGAUGCACGAGUUCGAGGAGGGUUUCGACAGGACGGACUUCAGGUCGGAAUUCAGUCCGAGUCCGAACCUCGAAGGACCGCAGCCGCAGCCGCGGGAUAAUGUCUCCAGAAAUUUUCCGACCGUCAGCUCGUCCCCGCCGCGCGCCCGCACCAACAACGACGUGGACGCGCGGUUGAACAUGUUAAAGUCGCUCGGUAUCGGAGCGAAAGAUUUAGCCUUACCGCCUUUACCGCCCACGGUUAUCCAGGGGAUCGCAAUGGCGAGCGACAACGGGGUUGGUAACGCUGCAUCUACGGGCUCCGCCGCAUCGGGAAAUUGCACCACCGUCGUCUAUGCGUUUCCCAAGGAGGAGGAGCAGCAGGAGGGUCGCUUAGUGGUGGGAUACCUGAAUGAGUGGAUCAAUGCCUAUUCCUUCAUAACGAAGAACCAAGAGAAAUUCUACCUCUACAUCAUCCUGUCGGUCACCGGCGGUAUCCUGGUCUUCCUGGCGUUGGUGAUCGGCCGCCUGUUAGUCAGCCGUCGCCGCGCCAAGAGGGACGCCAAGUUCCACGCGAACAACGAGGCCCUGCCGAACGGCUUCACCGACGAUAUCUCCGAGAUCGAUGCCGACAUCGAUCUCACGACAGCAGUACCGGUGCCGAUGCAGGACGCAAGCAGAUUGCCCGAGACCCAACUGGCGGAGAGGCUCCACGGCGAGCGCUACUACGUCGACACGAGGAUACCUCUGUCCCCGACCACGAUCCACGCCACCCCGGUGCACCACUCGGCCAACACGGGGGUGCGCGACCUCGGCAACCACAUGGUCGCCACGGACAAUCUUCACACGAUCCUCCGCACGGAGAAUCCUCGAAGCCUCAACAACAAAAGCUACUACUACGGCUGACAGGAGGAAGGGGUUGUCCCGCGCGAGGGACGACCCCCGUCCUUGAGCCCAGUGCCGGAAGUGAGCACGCGGAAGUAUUGCUUCUAAUCGGCGGGACAGGACGCGCGUACGUCAUAGGAGUUCGGGGAAGGGUGAGGAGGGGAGGGGGGGAGCGGCAGACGGAGGCGCGUACUCGCCGAGCACCAAGCCGCUGUAAAUUACGUUGAAUCGGCCGAGCGGAGUUGUCGCACCCGGCGCCAAAUUGUGCACAAUCUCACAAACUUGUCGGACCGACGCGGACCCAGCGCGCGCUGUGCUGCCUCAUCUGCUGACGUUCGUCGAAAGAACCGAGCGCACUCACGAGCGCGGGCUCGUGCAUCCCCGGAAGUGUGUUGUCCGUUACGCGGAGAUCCGCGGGGAUCCCCCGUUGUCAGCAGGAGGUGCCUCGAGGAGGACGAAGAAGAGGGACAAAUGAACGACUCUCUCACACACAACACACACACACACACACACACACACACACAUGCAUACAGGGUCAUGAUACGAACGAUGGCGGCGUCGCCUCGUCGCGAUCGCGCCGCGCGUCACCCGAGGAGGAUCGAGCUGUGAACGUGCAUGACGAAGCUCGAGCGAGCCGAGUGCUUUGUUUGAGCAGGACUGAAAGUAGCUUUAAGAACGAGCGUUUGUGCGAAACUACGUGCGUUCGAGCGCGUUCCGUAGCGAUUUAAUGGAAGGGACUAGCCGCAUUAUGCGAUCCGGCGCGCGACAGGCUCCUUCCGCGAUCGGUGGUGCCUCGCAGAGAGGCGUCUUCCAGAUGCGGAUGAAGCCGGAGUCGAUCGAGCAUCUAGGAGCGAGAGAGGGGGGAGAGAGGAAGAAGCAGCAGCGUGUAUCGCUUCCUUUCACUCGGCGAGGCUGUAAAAUCGGCGGAUUAGGGUUCUGUUGGCUCACAGAUUAAGCACAUAUCCCGAGGAACCUGUGUUAUCGACCCCGCGUAUAAUGCCUGUCGGCUGAGCGCGAAUUCACUCAGCUUGUAUACCUCGCAGUACGCUCGACUGUAUAUAUCCUCGGCGAGAGAGAGAGAGAGAGAGAGAG